UAUGGCUCACUGUACACCAGCUGUAUACGAUACCACAUAUAAGAAUGAUUUUUGUGGCUCCAGUGGAAGUCCUCGAACCACGCUUCUUUAUGGGGAUCGUGUCGGCAGCCAUUGGUUUCCCAAAGACUACACCGAAGGUAGAUUUGGAAAUUGGCAUAAUACUCCGUCAAACAAGAACAAAGAUCACGAUAAGGCUCCUCCAAAGCAACAUGUUAACGUCACAUAUUCGAAUCCGAUGGACGACAGAUACAGAUCGGUCUACCAAUCUGACUACGGUCUUUUAUAUCCAUCUAUGGGGAGAAUUCCACUACAGGAUAUGGCAGCUUUUGGCUAUGCCUCAGUAGCUCAUCCUAGAAAUGAAAGUUCCUAUGUAACUCCGGCUAAUCACUGCGAGAAAGGUUGUAAUCUACGAUUUUCUCGCCAUUUUGCCGAUCAUACUCCUGAUCCCUCUUUGGGAUCGGCACCACAAGGAGCUUGUUACCAUCAAACAGCCCAUUGUUCCUGUAGAAACUACUUGGGACACGUAUUUACGAAACAAGAAGAUGUGACGACCUAUGGCCGUGAUUUCGGCUGGCAAGCGCCAUCUCCUCGUUCUCAAGUUGCACGGUUGCAUGGAUAUACUCGGCACGCUCCCCUCGAUCAGGAUAGAGCCUUUCCUUGGGAUUGGCCAGAUCCCCCCAGAGCUGCUCGACACGUCGAUCAGCAUUGGGCACGCGUGUAUUGUCCACUUCACGGUUGUUUCCAUGGUUCAGAGGAUCAACGCUGUCCUCUUUUCUCUUUCGAAACACAUUCUGAACAAAAGGACUGUCCCCAUGCUCACUCGUGCUCUUGCAGUCCCCGACAUAAGAAGCCUAUUCAUACCGGAAAACGCAUAGAAAUUAAAUCUUAA